AUGGUUCAGGGUGGCUACUCCCCAGUGCACGAGGCCAGUCUCGUCGAUCCUGCUCUGCAUUCACCAGCAGUGCUCGAGUUGUUGGAUGUAAAGAUGUCCCGCACCCUAAUCGAAUAUGUCGUCGACUGUGUGGUCGAGACGGUCGAUUACGCCAUGGGUCGCCCCUCGUCCUCUCGUGGACGCUCGUCAUCACGGCAACAACAACACUCGACCUUCCUCAACUUUGUCAACAACCUGCUCACAAAGGCCGAGGUCAAGGUCCCGGUCCUGCUCGUCGCUCUCGUCUACAUCGACCGGGCGAAGCCGCAUCUCCAAAUUGCUCUCGAGCAGUGGGCAUGCGAGCGUGUAUUCCUCGGCGCGCUCAUACUCGCGAACAAGUACACAAACGACUCGACGCUCAAGAACGUCCAUUGGGCGCUCUGCACUGGGGUCUUUGGCAAGCGCGACGUCGGCCGCAUCGAGCGCGAGUUCCUCGAUGUCCUCGACUACGAGCUUACCCUCCACGAGUCGGACCUGCUCUCACACCACGACGCGAUCAUGUCCAUCGUCGCGCCUGCGCGUUUCGCCCUGCGCACCCACCACACCGUGUCUGAGCCCGCGACGCCCCGCAACCACCAUCGGUCGCACAGGAAGGCGUCCCCGCCGCCGUCGCUCCCCUCGCGCUGGAGCGUCAGCACAGACUCGGACUCGGACCACUCGACGUCGCCCUCGCAGUCGCCAAUGCCGCUCACGCCGCCGCACGCGGACGUCGAGCCGACAUACGUCGCCGCGAUCUCAGCGUCGCCCGAGCCCAUCGUCGCCGCGGCCGCCCCUGAGCCACACCCGACACCGGCAAAGGCGAAGUCUGUCGAGGUCGUCUCGCAUCCACCGCACUCGCAUCGCCGCUUCUCGGCGCUGCACAACAUGCUGCGCUCGUUUCCGAUACCACACUUCCACCAUUCGUCGUCCUCAUCCUCGUCAGCGUCCUCGCUCGCGUCCGUCUCGCCCGUGUCCGCGACGAGCAGCAGCAGCUCGUCGAUACCGCGGUACAAGGCUGUUGCACCGGCGUGCCCCGCGACCAUAGUCGCGGCAUGA